AUGGACUCAAUUGAGGAAUCUGCCCAAUGUAAUGACACUAGUGUGUUACUAGCUAGUGUUGACUGUGUAGGAGCCCUUUUAGAAACACUGGAGGCAUUGUGUAAAGGUGAAGGAAUAAAUCAUGAAUCGGCCGAUAUCACGAAUAGUCGAUAUAUAACCCUAAAGCAAGCGGAUUAUUCUGGACCUCUAACUUAUGAGUCCAUGGCUAGACUUCCCACACCAUACAGUGGUAUAGAAGGAAAUAUGCCAGAAAAUGAAGGUGGUACAGAGUCUGAUUGUUCUGGAGCUACCGAAGGGCCUGAAGAUAUUAUUACUUCAGACGAUAGCAUUAUAGAUGAUGAAAGUUUUUUAACUAACCAAGAGUUACAGAAGUUGUACAAAUGGCCUAGAUCAUUUAACUUGACUAGCAAAAUAGAUAAAAAACAAAAAUGUUUGAAAAUUUUAAACACAAAACAAUUGGUACAUGCCUUUACCAAAGUGUUUGGCAGUAAUAAAUUAAAUCCAAAACUACUAGAAGUAAUAGUAAGAACCAAAAUUUGCUUCGUUGCCUCUCAGUAUUAUAAAAUUAUCAGCUGGUGGGUUGCUGCUCUUUCAAAUCCUGUACCGUUAGUCCCCGAAGCUGAUCGACGACCAGAAAUGGAAACAGAAAAUUUGACGUACCUAGAAUUGAAGCCAAUAGCUGAGGUCAUUACCGAAAACGAUGGAGGCCACGAGAAUUACGAAACUGAAGUGGGUGGUGAAAUUAGACCUAACAAUUUGAAGAUUUCAGCUGAACAAUUACAUUUACCGUCCAAAGCCUUCACAGAAAUUAAGAAGAAAAAAAAAGGAAAGGCUGAGCUCACGCCAUGGAAAAAAAAAGAGGAACCUUGGCUUGGAUUAUAUAACCCCUAG